CAGCAGGUACCUGCUGAGCCCCUGCAAGGAAGGCUCUGCACUUGUCCGGAGCUAUGACUCACAUUAGGAAGUCCAAGCCAUCCCAAAAAGGCAAAAUGAAGCCUUAGCAACUCGCGGCACCCCAGAGUGCUAGCGAUGUGACUUGUCCCCGUUGUCAGGACCAUACAGAGUCUGUGCAGAGGCCAUUCGGUGAGGGCCUCACUCUGGGUCCAGCUCCACAGGGAACAAUGAACAGUAACUUCUGUCGAGCUCUGGUGGACCGCGGGUCCCCGGGGGGCAUACAGCUGGGUGUCGUGGCCCCUGCAGGACCGACGCCGCUGGCAGCCACUGAGCCCCUGGGCAACGUACCCUUUCUGUUAUACCCGGGACACUCCGAGCCGUCUUACUACGAUGCCUACACUGGGGUGUUCCCCUACGUGCCCUUCCCCGGUGCCUUCGGGGUUUACGACUACCCGUUCGAGCCCGCCUUCAUCCAGAAACGCAACGAGCGCGAGCGGCAGCGGGUCAAGUGCGUGAACGAGGGCUAUGCGCGCCUCCGCGGCCACCUCCCUGGUGCCCUGGCUGAAAAGAGGCUCAGCAAGGUGGAGACACUGCGCGCCGCCAUCCGCUACAUCAAGUACUUGCAGGAGCUGCUGAGUGCGGCCCCCGAUGGCGCGCCACCCACCGCCACCUCCCCGCCGCCCGCCCACGCCGGCCACGGUAACGCGCUGCAGCCCCCCUCCCUGGUGGCCGAGUCCAGUGGGUCCUCCUUUUCGCCUUCGCCUUUUUUGGAGUCGGAGGAACCCAGCCUUUGAUUUCGCCAGAAGCCUCGACUUGUCUCUCUAGGGAACAGCUUGGGGGCUUCUGGAUCGCCUGUGCCGAGCAGGACAGUGGUGUUCGAAUUCUGUGAUCCCACCUCCAACCACUUGAGCCAGAUGUGCGGGCCCGGGGUAGAGUUGGCGAGAUAGGGAUCCCAGAAGGUGAUGACUGCGGUGAGGAGCAGAGUCCUGGACAGCUCCUGUACCAGCCUCAGCGCGGCUCUGUUGUCCACCACACCAAGUCGCACUCUGACUAUUAUGCGCCAUCCCUGGGCCUUCCACAAGAUGGCCUCAAAUACUAGCGAGGAUCUUGAUGGCCUCUAAAGACCAGGAAUUCUGAGGGAGGGACAAGGGAAGUUAAAACCAGGCUGCUUGCAUUCAGCACCCUGGAGCUGACAGACUUGGGAGGAGUGUGUGUGUGUGUGUGUGUGUGUGUGUGUGUGUGUGUGUGUGUGUGUGUGUGUGUGUGUGUGUGUGUGAUGUCGCUGGUGCCCAUUGGCUUCCUUGUCAGAGAGUGGUCACCUCCCCUCUCUUACCCUUUUCAGUAUAGUCUCUUCUGGUCUUUUCCCAGGUUAAGGGCUUAAAUACCUUCCCCACCCCAAGACUUGUAAGCUUCUAGGGUCCAAUGACAUUGUGUUUACAUCAAGAGCUAAAUAAAAAGGGAUUGUUGAA